CGUUUUUGACCAACUUGACGCAAAGGUCGUCGUGCGUCUCUGCGUCGCCGGUAGAGGAGGCAUUGGCGCAACGCACUCCUGCUGCUGCCUCGCCGCUGCUGAUACAGACACCGGCUGUCCUGCUGAAACGGGACACGCACGAACCGACACGGUCCGGUAACCGCCUCAUUUGACGAGAGUCCGUCUCCCGCUCCGGGCUGCAAAUUCAGCACAGUCAGCACCUCCACAAUGAUCAAGAACGGGCAUCACCACAACCACCACCAAGUGAACACAGCAGCCGGGAAAGACGCAGGCACGACCCCCGGCGCUGCAGCUUGCAGUCCGGAGAAGAGAAGGCGAAGAAUCCGGGUGUGGUGCGAUGGCUGCUAUGACAUGGUACAUUACGGCCACUCCAACCAGCUGCGGCAGGCCAAGGGCAUGGGAGAUUACCUCAUUGUUGGAGUACACACAGACAGUGAGAUUUCAAAGCACAAGGGUCCACCAGUCUUCACUCAGGAAGAAAGAUAUAAGAUGGUGCGGGCCAUAAAAUGGGUGGACGAGGUCGUGGAAGGAGCUCCUUAUGUCACCACCCUCGAGACCCUCGACAAGUACAACUGUGACUUCUGUGUGCACGGAGACGAUAUAACAUUAACUGUGGAUGGAAAAGAUACAUAUGAAGAGGUGAAGAAGUCAGGACGGUACAGGGAGUGCAAGCGAACCCAGGGAGUUUCAACAACAGACUUAGUUGGCAGGAUGCUGCUGAUGACCAAAGCCCACCACAGCAACAUUGACAGUUCAGACUAUCAGGAGCACACAGACAACUUUGGAAAAAAGGGCCAUAGUCCCUGGACAGGGGUGUCUCAAUUCCUUCAGACAUCUCAGAAAAUCAUCCAGUUUGCCUCAGGCCAGGAGCCUCAACCUGGAGACACUAUCAUCUAUGUGGCUGGAGCCUUUGAUCUCUUCCACAUUGGCCAUGUGGACUUUCUGGAAGCCGUGCAUAAGCUUGCAGAAAAGCCAUACAUUAUAGUGGGGCUACACUUUGAUCAGGAGGUGAAUCGCUACAAAGGGAAAAACUACCCCAUCAUGAAUGUCCACGAGAGGACUCUCAGCGUCCUGGCUUGUCGAUAUGUGUCAGAAGUGGUGAUCGGUGCACCGUUUGCUGUCACAAAAGAUUUGCUGGAUCAUUUCAAGGUGGAUCUCGUUUGCCAUGGAAAGACAGAAAUAUAUCCCGACAAAGAUGGAUCUGACCCUUAUGCUGAGCCCAGAAGAAAAGGAAUCCUGCGCACUGUUGACAGUGGGAACAGCCUCACUACGGACGCCAUCGUGCAAAGGAUAAUCAAAAACAGGUUGCUAUUUGAGGCGAGGAACCAGAAGAAAGAGGCCAAAGAGAUUGCAAUGAUCCAAGCCAUGAAGCGACAAGAGGAGGAAAAGACUAAAGAAAGAGCACAGGCUGUGCUGUAGGCACCUCCAGCUAACAGUGACAUAUUCAACUAAUAUAAACUCAUGUACAUUAUAAUCAACCCUUUUGUAAGUGCUAUGACACCCUCCACACGUGAUCCUGGCUAAUAUCAGUAGUCUUUACAGCAGCCCCUUCUUUAACGAGGGUGGCGUAACCUGCUGUGGGAUCAUCAGGUAUUAAUAUAGUGUGUUACGAGGGUUUGUUAACAUGUUCUGCAUAUGCAAUUAUAUGUUUGUGUCAGUCAACAAUCGCACAUGCAAAUGAUAAGAUAUAUUCAAAGUUUGGAGGAAGAUGUCACUAUAUAUUCAAAUGUCUAUUUUAUGUCAUUUUUAAUUCUCGAAAUACUUUUUUCCUAUUAAAAAAAAGGCAUUUUAUCUUAUUUCUUGGGCAUAUGCAGUGUGAGAUCUCGCGCUGUCGGUCAGACACAUGAUUAUAUAACAAGAUGUGAUUUGAUUUGUCGUUUCAGUGGGGCUGAUGCUGCUGUUUUGCCCAGCAAUGGGCUAGCGCCACAACUAAUCUAUUACACUGUGUGUGUCUGUGUGUAUUAUAAAGUGACCGCAGGCUCAUGGAGGACGCUGAAAAACACUGGAGAAUCAGGAGAUUAAUCUCCCUGCUUCUCUUUUCUGUACAUACCAGACGACACCGACUACUCCAGAAUUUAGAGAAACAUUUUUAAUUUUGCUUUUUGUUCCUUUUCUUUUUUAAAACUUAAAAAAUGCACAUAAUUGAGAUCUGAACUGAACAUCUGGACUUUUGAGUGCAGUAGCUCUUUUUUUAACCAACACUCCACACAUUUAUUCUAAUAUACUGUUUAAACCUUUAGCUUUCACAGUCUAACUAGAAGACUACGGCAGAUGCUCAGAGUUGUUGAGUUGAUCGUGCAGUCUCAAUUUAUCGUCUGUCUCUAUAUCAAACAGGAUUAAAUUAUAUAUUUUUUUGUAGAUGUAUAUUUUACUCACCUCCUCUCCAUUAAUUACUGUAUAGAUGUUUUCGCAUCGUUUCAGAAACAUAAUGAUAUGUCUGUAUGUGAGUUUGGAAUGUAUUAAGUAUAGGCUAUAAUCUGUAUGUUACAUAUGCUGCAGGAACCGAUUAGGCUGCAGUAUAUUAUUGCUGAU